CUGUUCGGUCAUCUCAUUCCCUCCUCUCCUCUCCUCUCUACGCCGUGCAACCAUGGCGGCCACUGCCACCACCUCCUCCCUCCUCGCCCGCCGCCUUCUCCUCACCCGGCGCUUCCUUUCCUCCCCUCUCCGCCCCUUCUCCACCACCGCCACUGGUUCCUCCUUCUCCUACUCCUCCUCCUCCUCCUCUUCCUCCGACGACUCCCAUGCGGGAUCUGAUGCAGGGCCCGACCCGGAGCAGCAGGGCCCCGCGGACCAGGAUCACCAGGCCCCCGUCCGCCCGCGCGCCCGCGACACCCGCCCCCUCGAGAACGGCCUCGACCCCGGAAUCUACAAGGCGAUAAUGGUGGGGAAGGUGGGGCAGGAGCCGAUACAGAAGCGGCUGCGGAGCGGGAGAACGGUCGUGCUGUUCUCGCUCGGCACUGGCGGCAUCCGCAACAACCGCCGCCCGCUAGACGGCGAGGAGCCGCACCAGUACGCUGAACGCUGCUCCGUGCAGUGGCACCGCGUCUGCAUCUACCCGGACCGGCUUGGCAGCCUCGCUCUCAAGCACGUCAAGACCGGUUCUGUUCUUUAUUUGGAAGGAAAUCUUGAGACAAAGGUGUUUUCUGAUCCUAUAACUGGACUGGUUCGGCGCAUAAGAGAAAUAGCUGUACGUUCAAAUGGCCGUCUCUUGUUUCUUGGGAACGACGGUAAUGCACCCAAGUUGGGUGAAGCCAAGGGUGUUGGCUACUUCUGAAAGUGAGGUUUACCCUGCACCCAGGUAUAUCAGCUGAUAAAAUUGAUUUAAAUUAGAGGUAUCUCAACUGUGCUAAGCUUCAACAUACGGCUAAGAUCUCAGUAGUAAGCCAACUUUAUCGGACAAAUGUAGUUGGAUUAAGAAUUCAACACCAUCGGACAAAUGUAGUUGGAUUAAGAAUUCAACAUCAUUGUCUAUACCCUCUAAUAAUCGAGGACCUGGUUGUACUGUAUAACUUGAUUUUGACAAAAACAUAUGGGCUUGUGUUGUUGAUUUUAGUUCUCUCAAAAUUUCUUUUGACCUUUUGGGUCAAAUGUUUGUGAAUUUGAGUUUUCUGGUAAUAAUAUGAUACUGUUCACUUAGUAGUUAUUCUGGGAUGCAACUAGUCACUCCCCUAGUACCUAAUGCAGAUGAGAAGGCUCAUCACUAGUUUGGGUGCAUGUACAGGAGAUACUACAUAUCUUUCUGAAGUCUGAUUUUUAU